GGAAAAGAAAGAGAGGGGGGAAAAAAGUGAAAUUGAAAACAGACGCACGCGUCCACCCUCCCUGCUCUGCCGCCCCCCUUCUCCCAGCUAGGCCAAUCAGAAGCCGUCUUGCGGCCUUUCCCCCAAAGUGGAGGGGGCGGUGGAAGCAGGGAAGCCCACGGUGGUGUGAGCUCCUGGGGCUGCCAGCCGCCCAGCAGUCCCUACCCGCCCUGUCUGGGAUCCGGGAUCGCUCCGUGAGCAGCUCAGAGAGGAGGAGGACGCCGAGGAAGAGGAAGCCUGGCCCCUCAGAGCAGCCGCGGAACUGAAGCCCGUGCCCUGCGACCCAGCCAGCCAGACCCAGGGCGGCCCCUCCUGGCAGCUUGACUCCUACGGAAGGAUGCUUUGGGAGUGAGGCGAAGCUGGGCUGCUCUUUACCGCUGCAGCCCCCCACUCUCUUGUUCCCCGAGGCUCUGGUCUACAGCCACCCUUCUUGCCCCCCUACCCAGCCACUGGCAGUCUGGAGUCCAGCAAAGUCUCCAGAUAACUGGGAGAGGGCAGUGAGGAGGACUUCCUGGAGAGGGUGGCAGCCCAGAGCCUGGGACUGUGCUAACAUUAGAAGACACCGCAGCAAGGACAUCAUGAAGCCUCCAGGUGUGAUGCCAGCAAUGGUCCUCAAAGGCCAGUUGCUGUUGUUGCCCCUGCUGCUGCUGAUGGGUCCACAGGCCUCUCAGGGCCUGGUUAUCACACCCCCGGGGCCGGAGCUUGUCCUCAAUAUCUCUAGCACCUUCAUUCUGACCUGCUCGGGCCCAGCUCCAGUGGUAUGGGAACGGCUGUCCCAGAAGCCCCCGCAGGAAGUGAUCAGGACCCAGGAUGGUAACUUCUCCAGCAUGCUGACGCUGACCAAUGUCACUGGGCUCGACACAGGAGAAUACUUUUGCACCUACAAUGACUCCCAUGGGCUGGAGCACGAUGAGCGAAAGCGGCUCUACAUCUUUGUGCCAGAUCCCACCGUGGGUUUCCUCCCUACCAAACCUGAGGACUUAUUCAUCUUUCUCGUGGAAGUACCUGAGACAAUCCCAUGCCGGGUGACAGACCCACAGCUGGUGGUGACACUGCAUGAGAAGAAAGUGGAUAUCCCACUGCCAAUCCCCUAUGACCACCAACGGGGCUUCUCUGGUAUCUUUGAGGAUAAGACCUACAUCUGCAAAACCACCAUCGGGGACAGGGAGGUGGAUUCUGACCCCUAUUAUGUCUACAGCCUCCAGGUGUCAUCCAUCAAUGUGUCUGUGAACGCAGUGCAGACUGUGGUCCGCCAGGGUGAGAACAUCACCGUCAUGUGCAUUGUGACUGGAAGCGAGGUCGUCAACUUUGGGUGGACAUAUCCCCGCAUGGAGAGUGGGCGGCUGGUGGAGCCAGUGACGGACUUCCUGUUAGAUGUGCCCUCCCACAUUCGCUCCAUCCUGCACAUUCCCAAUGCCGAGCUGGGUGACUCAGGCACCUACGUCUGCAAUGUGUCGGAGAGUGUGAACGAGCAUCAGGAUGAAAAGGCGAUCAAUGUCACUGUGGUCGAGAGCGGCUAUCUGCGGCUGCUGGGAGAGAUGGACCCUGUACAAUUCGCGGAUCUGCACCGGAGCCGCACACUGCGGGUGGUGUUCGAGGCCUACCCACCACCCACCGUCAUGUGGUUCAAGGACAACCGCACCCUAGGUGACUCCGGCACCGGCGAGAUCUCCCUGUCCAUUCGCAAUGUGUCUGAGACCCGGUACGUGACGGAACUGACACUGGUUCGGGUGAAGGUGGCUGAGGCUGGCCACUACACCGUGCGGGCCUUCCACGAGGACGCUGAGUUGCAGCUUUCCUUCCAGUUGCAGGUCAACGUCCCUGUCCGUGUGCUGGAGCUGAGUGAGAGCCACCCAGCCAGCGGCGAGCAGACAGUCCGCUGUCGUGGUCGGGGCAUGCCCCAGCCGUACCUCACCUGGUCUACCUGCAGCGACCUCAAGAGGUGUCCGCACGAGCUGCCACCCACAUCCCUGGGGAACAGUUCGGAGGAGGAGAGCCAGCUGGAGACUAACGUGACGUACUGGGCGGAGGAGCAGGAGUUCGAGGUGGUGAGCACGCUGCGCCUACACCGCGUGGAUCAGCCGCUGUCCGUGCGCUGCACGCUGCACAACCCACUGGGCUACCAUAUGCAGGAGGUCAUCGUGGUGCCACAUUCACUGCCCUUCAAGGUGGUGGUGAUCUCAGCCAUCCUGGCCCUGGUGGUCCUCACUGUCAUCUCCCUCAUCAUCCUGAUCAUGCUCUGGCAGAAGAAGCCACGUUAUGAGAUCCGCUGGAAGGUGAUCGAGUCAGUGAGCUCCGAUGGACAUGAGUACAUCUACGUGGACCCCAUGCAGCUGCCCUAUGACUCCACAUGGGAGCUGCCGCGGGACCAGCUUGUGCUGGGACGCACCCUUGGCUCUGGGGCCUUUGGGCAGGUGGUGGAGGCCACGGCACAUGGUCUGAGCCAUUCUCAGGCCACAAUGAAGGUGGCUGUCAAGAUGCUGAAAUCCACAGCCCGUAGCAGUGAGAAACAAGCCCUCAUGUCGGAGCUGAAGAUCAUGAGUCAUCUCGGGCCCCACCUGAAUGUGGUCAACCUGCUGGGGGCCUGCACCAAAGGAGGACCCAUCUACAUCAUUACUGAGUACUGCCGCUACGGCGACCUGGUGGACUACCUGCACCGCAACAAACACACCUUCCUGCAGCACUGCUCGGACAAGCGCCACCCGCCCAGCGCCGAGCUCUACAGCAAUGCCCUGCCCGUCGGGCUCCCUCUGCCCAGCCAUGUGUCCCUGACUGGGGAGAGUGACGGUGGCUACAUGGACAUGAGCAAGGAUGAGUUGGUGGACUACGUACCCAUGCUGGACAUGAAAGGGGACGUCAAAUAUGCAGACAUCGAGUCCUCCAACUACACGGCCCCUUAUGACAACUACGUCCCCUCUGCUCCCGAGAGGACGUGCCGGGCAACUUUGAUCAAUGAGUCCCCAGUGCUUAGUUACAUGGACCUUGUGGGCUUCAGCUACCAGGUGGCCAAUGGCAUGGAAUUCCUGGCCUCCAAGAACUGUGUCCACCGAGACCUGGCGGCCAGGAACGUGCUGAUCUGUGAGGGCAAGCUGGUCAAGAUCUGUGACUUUGGCCUGGCUCGUGACAUUAUGAGGGACUCAAACUACAUCUCCAAAGGCAGUACCUUCCUGCCUCUCAAGUGGAUGGCCCCCGAGAGCAUCUUCAACAGCCUUUACACCACCCUGAGCGACGUGUGGUCCUUCGGGGUCCUACUCUGGGAGAUCUUCACCCUGGGUGGCACCCCUUACCCGGAGCUGCCCAUGAAUGAGCAAUUCUACAAUGCCAUCAAGCGAGGUUACCGCAUGGCGCAGCCUGCCCACGCGUCAGACGAGAUCUACGAGAUCAUGCAGAAGUGCUGGGAAGAGAAGUUUGAGAUUCGGCCCCCCUUCUCCCAGCUGGUGCUGCUUCUUGAGAGACUGCUGGGUGAGGGUUACAAAAAGAAGUACCAGCAGGUGGAUGAGGAGUUUCUGAGGAGCGACCACCCAGCCAUCCUUCGCUCCCAAGCCCGCUUGCCCGGAUCCCGUGGCCUCCACUCCAGCUUGGACAGCUCCGUCCUUUAUACUGCCGUGCAGCCCAAUGAGGGUGACAAUGACUACAUCAUUCCCCUGCCUGACCCCAAACCCGAGGUUGCUGAUGAGGGACCAUUGGAGGGCUCCCCCAGCCUUGCAAGCUCCACUCUGAAUGAAGUCAACACCUCCUCCACCAUCUCCUGUGACAGUCCCCUGGAGCCCCAAGAGGAACCAGAGCCGGACCUUCGGCCCCAGGAGGAGCUGGAGCCGGAGCCGGAGCCGGAACCAGAGCCGGAGCCAGAGCCGGAGCCAGAGCCGGAGCCAGAGCCAGAGCCGGAGCCGGAACCGGAGCCAGAGCCGGAGCAGCCACUGGGUUCAGGCUGCCCAGGUCCUCGGGCUCAGGCGGCGGACAGCUUCCUGUAGGGGGCUGACCCAACCCUGCCUGCCUGAAGCUCCCCCUCUACCUCCCAGCACCCAGCGCCUCCUGGCCUGUCCUGGCCCGGCCCCCUGCCAGGCUGCCCUAUCAGCUGCCCUCUUUUGGAAGGCUUCUGCCCCGGUGUGUUGCGCCCCAACCCCAGGGGCUGAGGUGGCAAGAAAACUGCAGGGGCCAUGACCAGCCCUCUGCCCUGGGGAGGCCACAUGACUCUGAGCCAGGGUUCCCCCCGGGGCCAUGGUUUCCCCAUCUCUAAGAAGGGAAAGUUGGGUUUGGUGACCCACAAUCUGAGAUUGUCUUUCUGGCUGACAGGUGAGGAGACUGGAAUCCCUGGAGAGCUUCUUGGGGUUAAUGAGGCGGUAAAUAAUAUUUUUUUCUCUUCAGCCAGCCAGCCUCAAGGAGCUGCAGUCUGUAGGCAUUAGUUGAUUGAUGAGUUUCUCCUCGCACUUUUAUCCACUCAAGAGCUGGGGAAGGGGCUUGGCGUCCCUCGCUCCUGGCUGGGCUGAGGCCAGGACAGUGUUGCCUCAUCCGGAAGGCACCUCCCCACAAUGCCAGUCUCUUCUUUCCCAGGCCCGAGCUGGUCUGGGGCCAUCUGUGCUUAAUUAAUGCUGUUAAUUAAUGCUGGGCUUGGGCCAAAUAUAGGACAAUCUGGCCUGUAGCUCCUGCCCGUGGCACACCCCCACCAUGGAGAGUGCCAGUGUCACGUCUUCUGGCACUGUCAGUCCCAGGGUCUUGUCUUUAACACCCUUAGUCUUACUCCACCCACCAGAGUCUCCAGGGCAAAACUGGCCCUGUGUCUGUGAUGCAUGUUGCCAUACCUGCAGGAAGUGUCCGUAUGUGGCCCGUGUGUGGCACUGACUCUGCAUUGGACCUGCUAUGAGACCUUGGAGGAAUCCCUUGCCUUCUCUGGCUGUUAGUUUCCCCUUUGAAAAAUGAACAGGUUGGACUCAUUGACUCCUAGUGCUCUGCAGCUUCCUGUAGGGGGCUGACCCAACCCUGCCUGCAGCUCCCCCUCAACAUCCCAGCACCCAGCGCCUCCUGGCCUGUCCUGGCCCGGCCCCUUGCCAGGCUGCCCUAUCAGCUGCCCUCUUUUGGAAGGCUUCUGCCCCGGUGUGUUGCGCCCCAACCCCAGGGGCUGAGGUGGCAAGAAAACUGCAGGGGCCAUGACCAGCCCUCUAUUCUAGCAUUCUAGAAUAUUCCAGGGGGUUGCACACUUGCUUGACGAAUCAGGGUCAAACACCCCAAACCCCUAUCCUAGGUUGCAGCUGGUGUCUGGGAAGAUUCCAGAUUUCACAUCACUUUCUAGGGAUUUAGGAAAUGUGCCCCUUCCCCAGGCCCUUGGCAAGUCUCAAGAACCCAGCUGCCGAGGCCUUGACUUGGAGUGACAGCCAGUGUCCUGGAAAGCCCCCGGCACUGCCCUAGGGGUGUGAGAAGACCACAGGACCCCUUUCGGCACCCGCAAUGACCUCUCUGGAGCUAUCCUGGGCCAGGGGGGCAGAGAGGACAAAUUAAAAACCACCUCUGCGGCCCGCCCCUCCAGCACCUGCUGUCCAGGCCUACAGUACAGACAUAUGGGCAGUCAGGGAGCCCGGAGGGCCCUGUAAAGGACAAGACACCUCGCAUGUGUGACCUGGGAAAGGGGUUCAACAGACGGAGCUGCGUGAAUGUUCAUCAGUCCUGUGGCGCAGUGUUUUUGUCACUGUUGUGGAACACUUUGGGGGUUGCCCACUUGCCCUCCAGCUGCCCCCUUGCCCUCCAGCUGCCCCAAUCCCUGAGACAGUACCCCAUGGGGGGUGGUUUUGCCACUGCCCAGGCCUGCUCUCCUCACUUGCUCUGCCAGCCACACCCCAACCUAGUGGGCAUUGGAGGUGCCAAAGGAGUGAGGGCUUCAGCAGCGAGAGAUGUGGAGAGGAGAUACUCUGGGCACCAGCACCCAACCCCUUACUGGUUGGCCCAGGACCCCUAAAGCCUGGUGCAAGAGGGGAAGUGGAUUCUCACUACGGUACCAAAGAUGUAAUCACCUAGGUUUACAAGUAUUUUUAGGACUCACAUUAACUCACAUCUAUACAACAUUUUGUACGCUGUCAAGUUUUCCUAUCUGUGUACUUUUUUUUUAAGAGAGAUUUUAAUAUUAAAUAUGGUGCUUCUUACUCACA